GUCCUCCAGAAUCCCUACAUGCUUCGGCGAUAGCCGUUCACCGUCGACAGAGGGAGCGCAGAUUCCCGUGUACAGUCGAUGGUUCUUAGAUUUUUCAAGAUGUCGUCGCUUGAACAGAGACUCUCCCGAAUCGAGGAGAAACUAAAACAGGAGAAUAAAGAAGCUCGGAGACGAAUCGACCUCAGCAUCGACAUGAGUCCUCAGCGUUCGCGUCAGAGGCCAAUCAUCGUGAUCCAGCUCAGUCCUGCUCCAGCCCCUUCCCAGCGUGCAGCUCUGCAGCUCCCCCUGGCCAACGACGGCGGCAGCCGCUCCUCGUCAUCGGAGAACUCACCCCAGCACCACUCCUACCCCAGCCGCCCCCGAAACAUGCUGACCCUGCCCACGCCCCCCUACUGCCUGCAGAAGAGCCUGGAGAAUGCGGAGAUUGACCAGAAGCUGCAGGAGAUCAUGAAGCAGACCGGAUAUCUUAAGAUUGAUGGACAGCGGUACCCAGCGGAGGUGAGUGACCUGAUUAAUGAGGAGGAGAUUGGCAGUGGCACCUGCGGCCAGGUCUUCAAAGUGCGCUUCAAGAAGACCGGACACGUCAUCGCCGUCAAGCAAAUGCGAAGGACGGGCAACAAGGACGAGAACAAGAGGAUCCUGAUGGACCUGGACGUGGUCCUGAAGAGCCACGACUGUCCCUAUAUCAUACAGUGCUACGGCGCCAUAGUCACCAAUACGGACGUGUUCAUCGCCAUGGAGCUGAUGGGAACGUGUGCGGAGAAGCUGAAGAAGAGGAUCCAGGGCCCCAUUCCCGAGCGCAUCCUGGGGAAGAUGACCGUGGCGAUAGUGAAAGCGCUGCUGUACCUGAAGGAGAAGCACGGGGUGAUCCACCGGGACGUGAAGCCCUCCAACAUCCUGCUGGACGACAAGGGCCAGAUCAAGCUGUGCGACUUCGGCAUCAGCGGCCGGCUCGUCGACUCCAAGGCCAAGACCCGCAGCGCGGGGUGUGCUGCGUACAUGGCUCCUGAGAGAAUAGACCCGCCUGACCCCAGCAAGCCUGACUAUGACAUCAGAGCGGACGUGUGGAGCCUGGGCAUCUCUCUGGUGGAGCUGGCCACGGGGCAGUUCCCCUACAAGAACUGUAAGACAGAUUUCGAGGUCCUGACCAAAGUGCUGCAGGAGGACCCUCCCCUGCUCCCGCUCAGCAUGGGCUUCUCCCUCGACUUCCAGUCCUUCGUCAAAGACUGCCUCACAAAGGAUCACAGAAAAAGGCCAAAAUACCACAAGCUGCUCGAGCACAGCUUCAUCCGGCGCUACGAGGUGCUGGAGGUGGACGUGGCGGGCUGGUUCCAGGGCGUGAUGGAGCGCACCGAAUCGCCGCGGAGCAGCCAGUGCUACACCCAGCAUCAUCUCCACUCCCUCUUCAGCAGGUAGCCAGAGACAGGGAGAGAGAGAGAGAGGGGGACGCGCCCGCCCGCACGACCUGGCCCACACCCAGACUGAGGGGGAGGGGGAGGGGGAUGGGGGGGGGGGGGAGCGCUGACGUGCACACGCAUGCGUACACACACUCACUCUCACACACGGCCACAGACGCACGCACGUGCACGCUCGCGCACUCUCACGCAUGCCCACAGACACGCGCAUGCACACACACACACUCAACACGCACUCUUACACACACCCACAGACACAAGCACACACACACACACACACAUCCUCGCACGCACGUACACGCAUACCACCGAUACACACAGAAAGACAGAGGGAUGGACAGACCUGACACAGGUGUCCAGUGUGUACCAGGAUGGACAGACGGACAGACCGAUGGGCAGAUCUAGUUAGCGUGGGCUGUCAGAAAGACUGACACUCAGGUACCUGGAGCGUCGUAGUUCUCUUAAUCGCUGAGUGUUCAUCUCACACACAGUCACAUACACCCACACACUAAACACGCAGUCAGAAUCUGUGUUACACGCACACACACACAUGCAUGAACACACACACACACACACAUACUGACACAGGUGUGUUAAACAAGGUCACUCAGACCACAAAGAGAACAGUGUGUACACAGAUACACAUAUCACAUUGUGCAAUAUUUAGCUUGAGGUUGUUAGACUGAAAUGAAAUGGUCACAUAUGUGGAGAGAGAUGGGUUGGUAGCGUUAUUAUGAAAUCUUUGAGCGACUGUAGGGACGUAGCGUAGAAUAGGUUUAUAAUCUGGAUAAUGGUAGUUUUAAAUCUAACUAAUGACGUACUGGUGCCACAGUAGUUGUGGUCACUUUUUAAAAUGAUUUAUUCACAACAUAGGUCAUAUGUGGUUUUUUUUUUUAUUAUUACAAUGUUUUAAGAAAAGCUGUUUUGGAAAAAAAAUAAUAAACUGCAAAAAAAAUUAGGUUUUUGUUGAGCUCUGCAGAGAAGGAGUGUGUUGUCGUGUCAGGAUGGCUUUUUAUCACGUGCAGAGACUGCUGGGAAGGAUAGAGGAAGUGAAAGACUGCAGAAAAGGUGGUUGGGAAAAGAGAGGGGGUAGACAAAACGGAUGUCGACUAAAAAGACAGCUGGAGUCUUCCCCGGUGGAGAGGAGUGGAAGGGUGGAAUUAUGGGAGAUGGGAGGGGUAAUGUUUGGACUGGUGUUCUGAGGACUGAUGGAGAGGGGAAGGUGAGAGCGGGAAGGGUAUGAGAGUUCAGCAGUAAUACGCCCGAGUAGAGCCUCUCCUGUCUGCCAGAGAGAGGGGGAGGGGGGGGAGGAGGAGGUUCCUUCGCUAAUGGGAAUGGGAGAGAGGGGAGGGGAACUCAGUGCAUCCCUGGAACACCCUCUUCUCCCCUCCCUAACCCUCCCUCCCUCCCUCCCUCUGUUCCUGUGCAUUUCCUGUUUCUCUUCAAGCUCGCAUUUAAAGAAGCGAGCCACUUUUAAGCUGUUUACUUCUGUUUUUGCCAAAGCCAAAGUUUUGAAACGGCGGAGCUGGAGAACGCUGGGUCUCGCUCUACCGCGGGCUCGCGUGCGUUACUCCUGCUACACAAACAGCCCGUUCUCUGGAAACCACCAGCGUCUCGAGCCAAAAUGGAGCCGGCCUUGAUGCUAAUAUGUUACACAGUAACCAAAUUUAUCACCAGAGAGAUGGCACUGAAUGAGGAAGAGGCGUGUCAGGGAAGUCAGAACGCGAGGCUAAAGCAAGUUGUCAUGCAAGUGGGGAUGUGAACUGAGAGAAAUUAGGGUUUUUUUUUAGGAUGGGACGUCAAGAGGUGGACUGAGAGAUACGGAAGUUGAAAA